GAUCGGGGCGGUUAUAUGUGCCAGCUGAAUACGGAUCCAAUGAAAAGUCAAAUUGGUUUCCUGGAUGUUGUCAUUCCACCGGACUUUAUCAGCGAGGAUACUUCGUCGGAUGUUAUUGUGCCCGAGGGCAGCUCAGUGCGCUUAACAUGUCGCGCGCGUGGCUAUCCGGAACCCAUUGUGAACUGGCGCCGCGAGGAUGGCAGCGAAAUAGUGCUCAAGGAUAACGCCGGCACCAAGACACUGGUCUCCUCGUUCCGCGGCGAGGUGCUCAAGCUGACAAAAAUCUCACGCAACGAGAUGGGAUCGUAUCUGUGCAUCGCCUCCAAUGGUGUGCCCCCAUCGGUUUCAAAGCGCAUCUCGCUUAGCAUACACUUUCAUCCAGUCAUACAAGUGCCGAAUCAAUUAGUCGGAGCACCGCUUGGCACUGAUGUUCAAAUCGAGUGUCACGUUGAGGCCUCGCCCAAAUCAAUUAACUACUGGAUUAAGGAUACCGGUGAAAUGAUUGUCUCGUCGGCCAAGUACCAUGUGCAGGAGGGUUCGCAGUCGAUGUACGAGACGAAAAUGUCGAUGAUUGUGCGAAAAUUUCAGAAGGAAGAUGUCGGCUCUUACCGUUGUAUAGCGAAAAACUCGCUGGGUGAAGUUGACAGCAGCAUCCGGUUGUACGAAAUCCCGGGACCGAAUCGUAAAAAUCCCUCAAAUAGUAAAGGAAGCGGAGGCGCUGGCAACGCUGGCGGCACCACCGACACGGAUGCCAAUGACAUUUUAAAACUGAAACAACAAGUCAAAGUCACCUACCAACCGGACGACGACGAGCUCUACGGCUCCGCGGAGGAUUUCGAGGAUGGCGAAUUCGCCGGCUCUCCGCCGUUAUCGCCGCACCAUUACUACACCAGCGGCAAUAAGCCACCGACACAUAAGCCCGGCGGUGGUGGUGGCGGCCAUCAGCACCAGCAUCAGCACCACCAUCACACACAGCAGACGCAAUCCGGCGGCGCUGCCGGUGGAGGCGCCACCAGCAUCGAGCUGGCAUUCGGCAAUGGCCAUGUCAGCGGGUCUGGCAACACCCGUAAGCCGACCUAUUAUGGCGGCAGCGGCGUCGCCGGGGGCGUUGGCGGCGCCAACGGCAACACGGAAGUGCGCGGCCCCAUGGACAACAACGAACGUAGCUCCGGCGGUGCGCCACUUCGCGCCUGGCCGGGCCACUAUCAGCCGCACUAUCGCCGCCAAUGUGUGCUGUGGCAUUCGCUCUGGCUGUCCCACUGUCGACAGCCGCUCUUAAUGGGUUUGUCCGGCUUAGUUGCGGCUCUCAGGCUGUUAUAAUACAUGCUGGCAGCAGUACACUAGGCUAGCACACACACACACAUACGCAAACACACACAAAUACCCUCACACACUUGUAGAUUUUUUGUUUCAACAGAUAAAAAAAAGCAUGCCAUAUGGCUACCUUCUUCGCAUUGCUCACAUUUGGAUAGGAUAAAGGGGCUUGCGUUGUGUAACUGCAUAUCUGUACACAAAUACACACACACACACACACACACACACACAUUUUUGGUUAG